AUGGGGUUUGGAUGCUUUCCGGUCGCUGCUCUCCCUCCCUCCUACCAUACGCCAGAAGAAAUAAUCCACAAGCUGCAGGAGGAGAAAAAAACCUUUCGCGAGAUGAAGGCUUUCCGUGAAAAGAUCGAGGCCUCAGGAGCAGAUGUGGGGUUCGGGCAAAGAUUCGAGGCUUCCAGAGGCGAAUCUUGGGGCUUCUGGGAAGAGGACCAAACCUUUUGGGAGGAAGAGGGAAAAACCUUCUGGAGGGAGGAAAAAGCUUUCUGGGAAAUGGAAAAAUCCUUCCGAGAAGAGAAAAAGCCUUCUGGAGAAAAAUACCGUGCCUUCUGGAGGGAGGAUAAAGCCUUCUGGAAAGAGGACAGUGCUUUGUGGGAGAAGGAACGGAACAGUUUCCAGGAGGACAAGUGGUGGGAGGAAGAGAAGGCACUAUGGGUAGAGGAAAGGAGCCUUGCUGGAGGAGGAGAAAAGCUCUGGGGAAGAUAAAAAAAUCCCUUUGGGAAAGAGGAAAAUGCCCUGUGGGAGGAAAAAGCAUUCUGGGUGGAGGGUGGUGGCCCUGUAGGAGAGGAACCAAUAGCCCCUGAAGAUGGGGCCUUCAAUGCUAAUGGAGGCCCAACCUCACCGAGCCAUUCUAGAGGCAGAGCCUGA